AUGGCUGACAGCAUCCCAUUAGCUCCGAUGCGGAAGAGCUCGAGGAGAAGCCCUUACUACAACGCCAACAGACAGUCAAGGUAUUUGGACAAUUUUCCCCAUCAUUUAUGCAGUCGAGUUGACGAAAUAGUGAUGGAAUGUUCACGUUUUCUUCUCCCUCUCUCACCCAGAUUCUCUCUAGACGAUGAACCCUCCAACUUGGAUGAGAUGCCUCUGAUGAUGUCUGAGGAAGGUUUCGAGAACGACGACAGCGACUACCAGACGCUGCCCCGGGCCAGAGUCAACCACAGACACAGCAGAGGCCUCGGCUGGUUCCUCCUUGGGGGUUGGAGAGUGUUGUGUUGCAGCUGCUGCGAGCUGGUGGCCCGCAUGUGUCGGCGGAAGAAGGAGCUGAAGUCCCGCACCGUCUGGCUCGGCUGCCCGGAGAAAUGCGAGGAGAAGUUCCCCAAGAACUCCAUCCACAACCAGAAGUACAACGUCUUCACCUUUGUGCCAGGGGUGCUCUACCAGCAGUUCAAGUUCUUUCUCAAUCUCUACUUCCUGGUGGUCUCCUGCUCCCAGUUUGUGCCCUCGCUGAAGAUCGGAUAUUUGUACACCUACUGGGCGCCACUGAGCUUCGUGCUGGCCGUCACCAUGGUGCGCGAGGCCGUGGACGAGGUGCGGCGCCACCAGCGGGACAAAGAGAUGAACUCGCAGCUCUACAGCAAGCUGACGGUGCGCGGUAAAAUCCAGGUGAAAAGCUCAGACAUACAAGUUGGAGACCUGAUUAUCGUGGAGAAGAACCAAAGGAUUCCUGCAGACAUGAUAUUCCUGAGGACGUCGGAGAAAACUGGAGCGUGCUUCAUCAGGACUGACCAGCUGGAUGGAGAGACAGACUGGAAGCUGAAAGUGGCUGUCGUCUGCACGCAGCGGCUUCCGGCAGUCGGGGACUUGUUCUCCAUCAACGCCUACGUCUACGCCCAGGCACCUCAGCUGGACAUCCACAGUUUUGAGGGAAACUUCACGCGGGAAGACGCAGACCCCCAAAUCCAUGAGAGCCUGAGCAUUGAAAACACUUUGUGGGCCAGCACCGUGGUGGCCUCCGGCACUGUGAUCGGGGUGGUGAUCUACACAGGCAAAGAGACCAGGAGUGUACUCAACACAUCCUAUGCCAAGAACAAGGUUGGCCUGUUGGACCUGGAGCUGAACCGACUCACCAAGGCCCUGUUCUUGGCUCAGGUGGUUCUGUCCAUUGUCAUGGAAGUGCUGCAUGGGUUUGUGGGCCAGUGGUUCCGUAACCUCUUCCGAUUUGUGGUGCUCUUCUCGUACAUCAUCCCCAUAAGCUUGCGCGUGAACCUGGACAUGGGGAAGGCAGCCUAUGGUUGGAUGAUCAUGAAAGACGAAAACAUUCCCGGCACUGUGGUGAGGACCAGCACUAUCCCGGAAGAACUGGGCCGGCUGGUCUAUCUGCUGACGGACAAAACAGGCACUUUGACACAAAAUGAAAUGAUCUUCAAGCGGCUGCACCUUGGAACGGUGUCCUACGGUACAGACACGAUGGAUGAAAUCCAGAGCCUCAUAGUCCACUCGUAUGCUCAGGGGACCUCCUCCAGUGGUAGCACCGGUGGCGCCACGCCAUCCCAGAAGUCACAGACGCUGGGCCCAAAAGUCCGCAAGAGCGUCAGCAGUCGCAUUCACGAGGCGGUGAAGGCCAUUGCCCUUUGCCACAAUGUCACACCUGUCUACGAGACCUACGGCGGUGUCAACGGCGAGACAGAGUCCGCUGAGGCCGACCGGGACUUCAGCGAUGACAACCGCACCUACCAGGCCUCCAGCCCCGACGAGGUGGCGCUGGUGCGUUGGACGGAGAGCGUCGGCCUGACCCUGGUGAACAGAGACCUGACCUCCCUGCAGCUGAAGACUCCUUCCGGACAGAUCCUGUCCUUCCACAUCCUGCAGAUCUUCCCCUUCACAUCUGAGAGCAAACGCAUGGGCAUCAUCGUCAGGGAGGAGUUGACGGGGGACAUUACUUUCUACAUGAAGGGCGCCGACGUCGCCAUGGCGAGCAUCGUCCAGUACAAUGAUUGGCUGGAAGAGGAGUGUGGCAACAUGGCCAGAGAAGGUCUGAGAACGUUGGUGGUGGCCAAGAAGUCGCUGUCUGAGGAGCAAUAUCAGGACUUUGAGAACCGCUACAACCAGGCGAAGCUGAGCAUCCACGACCGAGCCCUGAAGGUGGCGGCCGUGGUAGAGAGCCUGGAGAGAGAGAUGGAGCUCCUCUGUCUCACGGGUGUGGAGGACCAGCUUCAGGCAGAUGUCAGGCCCACGCUGGAGCUGCUCAGGAACGCUGGCAUCAAGAUCUGGAUGUUGACCGGGGAUAAGCUGGAAACGGCAACGUGCAUCGCCAAAAGCUCACACUUGGUCUCCCGCAACCAAGACAUCCAUGUUUUCCGACCAGUGUCGAACAGAGGAGAGGCCCAUCUGGAGCUCAACGCCUUCAGGAGGAAGCAUGACUGUGCCCUGGUCAUCUCUGGAGACUCCCUGGAGGUGUGCUUGCGCUACUACGAGCACGAGUUUGUGGAGCUGGCCUGCCAGUGCCCGGCCGUGGUGUGCUGUCGAUGCUCACCGACCCAGAAGGCCCAGAUUGUCACGCUCCUCCAGCAGCACACUGCCAACAGGACCUGUGCAAUAGGUGAUGGUGGGAAUGACGUCAGCAUGAUCCAGGCUGCAGAUUGUGGUAUCGGAAUAGAAGGAAAGGAAGGGAAGCAAGCGUCGUUGGCGGCAGACUUCUCCAUCACGCAGUUCAAGCACAUUGGGCGUCUUCUCAUGGUGCACGGCAGGAACAGCUACAAGCGCUCAGCGGCCUUGGGUCAGUUUGUCAUGCACCGAGGCAUGAUCAUCUCAGUCAUGCAGGCCGUCUUCUCUUCGGUAUUCUACUUUGCCUCGGUUCCCUUGUACCAGGGAUUCCUCAUGGUCGGUUAUGCCACCAUCUACACAAUGUUCCCCGUCUUCUCCUUGGUGCUGGACCAGGAUGUCAAGCCUGAGAUGGCACUGCUCUACCCGGAGCUCUACAAAGACCUCACCAAGGGACGUUCACUGUCGUUCAAGACGUUCCUCAUUUGGGUUUUGAUCAGCGUCUAUCAAGGGGGCAUCCUCAUGUACGGCGCGCUGGUCCUCUUUGAGUCGGAGUUCGUGCACGUGGUGGCCAUCUCGUUCACGGCACUCAUCCUGACCGAGCUGCUGAUGGUGGCGCUGACGGUGCGCACGUGGCACUGGCUCAUGGUGCUGGCCGAGUUCUUGAGCCUGGGCUGCUACCUGGCCUCCCUCGCCUUCCUCAACGAGUACUUUGGUGAGAUGCAUGCGGUAUUUACCUGCAUAGGCAGAGUGUCCUUUGGAGCUUUUCUUGGUAGGUUGUCCCAGUCUGUCACUCAUCCCACCAUGUCUGCGUCUGGAGGACAUUUGCAUGGAAUUCAUUCACUUCAUUCUAGUAGAGUCCCUCAUGUUUUCAUGUUUCUAUUUGUACAACUUCCUCUAUUAUUUGUUGCUUUCCAGUACGUAAACAUUUUCUACAGUAUAUUUACAUGCAUACAAAAUAUAUACAUUUAAGAUAUGUACACUGAUGUUAUGUAUCCUAUUUACAAUUUAACAAAUGUAUGAUUUGAUGAUGAAAAAUAAUUUGAGAAAAUAUUCUUAUUUCAGUUUUUGUACAAAUGAAAACAAAUUUGUAUACAUACUAAAUAUAAAAUAAAUUGUUUAUAAUUAUGUGUAAAAAUAGAAAAAUGUACACAUUGAACUUUUGAAAUAUGAUCAUUAACAUCGGUAAAAAAAAAUUUAAAAAAAUCUCAAAUGGGUGAUCAUAUGUAUGGAAAUAUUACAGGGUGCGCUUUAACCCAUGUAUGCACUUUAACACAUGUAUGUGCAGUGCUACUUACUGUAUGUCCACUAGGUGGUCUAUAAACAUGUAUUUAAAAAUGGUAAAAACUGAGAAAUCAAAAAGAAACUCUAUUAAUCCAAAAAUAACAAUGCAAUAUCAUAAUAAGUUAUAGUUAAUAAUUAAAAAAAAAAUUAAAUGUAUGGAGCAGGGGUCAGGAACCUUUUUGGCUAAGAGAGCCAUGAAAGCCACAUAUUUUAAAAUGUAUUUCUGUGAGUGCCAUAUAAUAUUUUUUAAAAAUGAAUACAACUAAAUGCGUGCAAUUUAGUUGUAUUGAAUUAUAUUGUAUUCAAUUCAAUUUUAGAAGAUAAGUCUCUGAAUUUAUUCUUUUGAAUAACGUUGUUAUACUGAAGCUAACCAAUAAUAAAUAAAAUACUUCAUACCAUUAAUGCAACUUCUCGUGCAGCACUAGGUUUUGCAGCGUACUCUGUAUCUUUCUUUCUUUUCGCCGUCGUCUUGUUUGACUCUGCAGAAUUAGCAAGCUGUCUAUUUGAUUAAUGGGGGGAAGUUUACUUCUCGACCUCUCAAUGACCUGGCUAGACAUUAUCCUAUAAUAAUUGAGUUUUGAUGUCUGACCCGGAAAAUAUCGGAAGGACAGCUGGCAUUGGCUGUGGCCACCAACAUUACACUAGAAAAUGGAUGGAUGGAUUAUAAUGCAUAGGAAAUAUUAUUAUUAUAUUUUAAUGUGAUUUUUAACACUGUGAUUCCUGUAAUGUUUUACUUUAAAAUGUCACCGAAAAAACUUGAAAUGAAUACAUUUUAUCGUGUUAAGAAAUGUCUGAGAGCCAGAUGAAGUCAUCAAAAGAGCCACAUCUGGCUCCCUACCCCUGGUAUGGAUGUUUGCAAGGUGCCCUUUAAAGGGAUAGUUGGGAUUUUUUGAGAUGAAGUUAUAUGAUAUCCCCAUCAGCAGUGUACUACUGUACUUCGACAGUGAC